AUGGGAGUAACUCGAGAGAUAUUCUAUGACGGAACCAGAAUCGGUGGAACAAUAUGUCAGAAUAUUGACCCAAGUUAUCUGACGGCUGUUGAAAAAGAGAAAAUGGCGGAAUUGAGAAGAAGUCAAGGGAUUCCGGUCUUUGAAGGAUACGAUCCGGAGGCGUUGGUCAAAGUGAAGAAUUUGAUUGAACUGGAAGAAAUCAACACCGCAAUUGGAGAAGAGUCUGCUGCGUUGCGAGUGAACAAUAGAACACUGACAAGAUAUAAUGAGCAACUGAAAUUGGACAAUAAAAACAUGCGGCAAUACUUCGUGAGCCAGCACGAAGCCGACACGGCCGCAAAGGAUAAAGAAAUCGAAAAACAAAAGGACGCAAAGAAGAAAGCGAAAGAGAAACUGAGAGCUGAGAGGAAGAACAAUGAAAUUUUUGUUGCACAGAAGUGGACCAGAAUUCUUCAUCCGGAAUUCGAUACCAUUGAAGACGAUGUAUUUGCUACAAAUGAAGCAAACAAUAUCACUGAAGCUGAAGAGAGCCAAAAUCCUUGCUCGAUAAAGACAAGGAAGCGCCACGAAGGAAUUUCCGCAAGUAUUUCGAAUUUUCCGAAAGUUCGAAAAAUUAGUUCGGACAAUCCCACGCAAUACUGCUUCAAGUCAGCGUUGGAGACACGUGCCAAGCCAUGGACAACAUUCGAAGAUAUGCUAAAGACUUUCAAGGACAAAUGUCAUGUUGCGUUGAAUGUUGCAUAA